CACACGACUAGGACGCACUUUUUUUCACUCGUGAUAAAAUUCAUCGAACAUUUUUUCGACAAAGUGUUCGUAGUGAAAACGAAACUGAGAAAAAAAAUAUCAACAGAAAUCUUUUUCGAGUGAUUAAAGUGUAAAACGAAUGAACAUUUUAAAAAGUCGGAAUUUCCAUUAGAUAAUGCCCAUUUCCAGCAUAAUGUUUUUCAUAAUGUAAAAGAUGUUGGAUUAAUUAACGGUUAGUUGAUUGUGUUUUUUGAUUUGUGCCGGCAUUGUAUGGGAAUAACGAAGGACAUAGAAAUAAAGCAGAAACAAAGUAACACCACAACGGUACCGGAGCAGCUAGUGGAAUUUAUAUGGAAAAUCCGUGUAGAAAAAUGAAAACGAAUCCAGUGUGAAUCAACUCUAAAAUACAUGUGGUUGUUGAUGUACACAUAUUAGACAUACAUUUUAAGUGAGGCAGAGAGAGAGAGAGAGAUAGAGAGAGUAGAAAAGAGCGAAAGAUAAAUAAAAGUGGGAACAUUGUAUGUGUCCGCGUGUGUGUGAGUGAAUAAGUGAAGAAAGAGUUGUCUCUUGGAACCAAAGUGAAAAAUAAUUAUGCAUAACUGAAUUAAGUCUUGUCUCGGAGGAUUUCACAAAUGAUACCCGCUCAUUUCAGCGUGACAACGACGCCAACGACGAUGACACGUUUGCAUUUCACAUACUAAUUUAUCCAAUGCAACGGCUAAAAUAAGCAAACAGUGAGAACAAACUCUCAAAAUUUAAUAUCCAUACACAGAAAACUACAAACUCAGUAAUUCGAAAAAAUAAGAAUAAUAAUAAGAAGAAGACUUGGCUUUCCUUUAAAACAUCAAACUGAAAGCGAAAAAAAGAAGCGGCAAGUGAAAACGUAAAGAACAUAGAGUGAAGAGUUUGAUCUGCCACAAAACUCGGAAAUUAAAUGAACGAAAAGCGCCGUGGAUUUAAAUAUUAUCAUUAGUAUUGUUAUUAAAAUAAUUUCAGUGCUUGAAUUUAGCUCAGCGUAUCGUGGUUGAGCGCAACGUUUUUAGCCGACGAUAAAUUUCCACGUUGGCAAAUACCAUUUGUGGAAUCAGUGUGUGAACAGAAAAAGACAUACCCAUAUCCGACAUAUAUAAGCAAGUAAGUGAAAUAGACACAGAGAGUGAGAGAAAAGACAUCUUCUGGAACAUUGUGUUUUCAUAACGUAAAAGAGGACGAAGAAAGGCUCACAUAUAAUUCGAAAUGCGAACAGCAAUUUAAAAUUUGAAAUGCAAAUGUCUGCUGAAUAAAUGGAUCUCAGCAGCAUCAUCUGAGGCAAACAUACACAUACAUACAUCCACACACUCACAGUCGUCAGCACGAAAGAGAUUAUUAUUUGUCAUAUGAAAUAGCUUAAGUCGGCUAUCGGAUUCAAUAUUAAAUCAAAACACAAUUGCAACCGAACUGAUUGAAUUGACUUGGAUUGAUGGAAUAUCCAAAACAAAGCAAAUAAAGAGGCAGAUUCCACUUGAAGAAGGCUAGACGUUUUGGGAGAAAGCAAUAAAGAAAUUCUCUAAUUAAUGGAUGGAAUCAUCUAACAAAGAUCCAACAACAACAACAGUCAAUUUAUUAGGCUCACGCAGCGUUAUCUAGUUGGUUGACUUUGCCAUUGGCCAUCAUCAUCCAUGAUGUAAUCCGCAAAAAAAAUCAAUGUUGAAAUGAAAUAUUCAUCAAACCAAAUGACUGUAUCGCUGUCAAAAACACAACCAAUGCUGAUGAGAUUGUCGGCUGCAUCGGAAUCCAACAUUACAUUUGCAUUUUAGUGCAGAAAACAAAAUCGUAUGAUAAUUUUAAGUGAAAUGUUAACACAAAUAUGACGAUUUGGUAUGUCCGCAAUCGGCUCGAUCAGCCAAAAGCAACAAUAGCGAAUCAAAAACGGAAUAAAUCGUUGCCACCAUUGUCAUCAAGCAUCGUCGAAUCAUUUACGAGACAAACGGCUGCGACGUCGAAAACGAAGGCGACGACGGCAACAACAGCAUCGGCCCAUCAUCAUAAUGUUAAAUGGUUGCGUAUGCAUGUGAUUGCAUUAAAGUUAUCACAUUGUUGGCGCUUAAUUUUAUAUGCAAUAAUCAUCAGUGUAAUUAGUCGAACACCGCCUCCUGUUAAUGGUGAUAAUGGUGCGGCGGCUGUUCGUUCAUCAAAAAUGCUACCAACGGCAGCCGCAUCAACGUGGGCGUCCAAUUUUUUCGAUGCGGAUCGAAUACAAUGUCCCAGUUUUGUCGACAAUUCAGCUUGCCCGUGUUAUAAAUUCGAAGAUGGUCUUCAGCUUGAAUGCCCCCGAACAACAGAGACUGCAUUACGCACAACUCUUCAAAUCGUUAAAUCGCCUAUUCAAACGUUAUCGCUGUACGAUUUUGAUCGAACCGCCACAUCAAUAUCAUCGGAUAUGUUCGUGAAUGGCAUUCAUAUUCGGAAUUUAAAAUUUGCCAACACCCAGUUGAGCAUGCUAAAGGACAAUAGUCUCUCGUAUUUACGUACAAUGCUGGAAACGCUUGCCAUAACCAACAGUAAAUUGAAUCAGAUACCAAGGAAUGCUCUGUCUGGCAUGGAAAAAUUGAUGGAGCUUGACUUUGAAAAUAAUCGGAUAUCAUCGAUCCAUGAUUAUAAUUUCUAUGGUCUUCGCUUGGUAAAAUUGAAUAUGAAAUCAAAUUCUCUGGAAAAUAUACCGGAGUAUGCAUUUGCCGGGUUGGAAGACUCACUGGCGGAAAUCGAUUUAUCCGAGAAUAAAAUAAAAGCGUUUCCGUUGUUGGCACUUCGUAAAUUGGAGCGUUUGCGUUCAUUGCGACUCACAUCGAACGAAAUGUCGAACAUGUUCAAAGGUAAUCGAUCAAUAAGGAUGCCAUCAUUGCAGUAUCUCUUUCUCGAUUUGAAUCGUUUUACCGAAAUCGAAGCCGAUGCAUUUGCCAUGUUUCCGAACAUAACCACACUGUCACUAUUCAACAAUGGCAUUAUGCAAAUCGCCGACAAUGCAUUUGAUUCAUUGAUGGCAUUGAAAUCGCUCGAUUUAAGCCGCAAUAAUAUCAGGCAUUUGGACAAAAAUCUAUUUAAAUCGAAUCUUGCGCUGCAUUCAUGCGAUUUGAGUAAUAACCAUUUGCAUUCGAUCGCCGGCCUGUUCGUCGGUUUACCCGAAAUUCGUGAUAUUUUUAUAUCCGAUAAUAAUAUACUCGAUUUGCCCGUCGAUACAUUCACCAAUUCGACAAAUAUAAAAAUGAUCUAUUUGGAAAACAAUGCAAUACGGCGUGUCGACGAGAAUGUGUUCAGUACGCUCACCAAUUUGGAGCAAUUGUAUUUGGGAUCAAAUUUCAUUACACACAUACCGCAAAUGCUGUUCAACCAAACGGAAAAGCUAAUUUCAUUGAGCCUCGACCGCAACAAUAUACGCGAUCUUAAGCCCGGUCUGUUUGAUGUUACAAAAGGUUUACGCGAAAUUCAUUUGCGUUACAAUAAAAUUCGCACCAUUCGCAAAAUGGUGUUCUAUCCAUUGCCCGAGCUUAUUGAAUUACAACUACAAAAUAAUACAAUUACAACGAUUGAAGAGGAUGCAUUCGACAGUUUGAAAAAGUUACAGCACAUCAGUUUGCAACAAAAUCAAUUAACAACGUUGCCGCGCAUAUUUCCGGCCGACUCAACGUCGUUGUUGUCCCUUGAAAUUGAUAAAAAUUACAUUGUUGACAUUCAGAAUGAAACAUUUCAGGCGAUGGCAAAUGUGUACGUUUUGUGGUUGAAUCAUAAUCAACUCAAUAAAAUCGACCGUACAUACUUCAAGGACAUGCCACAGUUAGAACGACUACAUUUAUACAACAAUCAGAUCGUCAACAUUGCGGUGAACACAUUCAAUUCAAUGGAGAAUCUCCGUUAUAUUGACAUGCACGCAAACCGAAUGCAAUGUGUCAAACGUACGCUAUUCACAAAUUUAAAAUCAUUGGAGGAAUUGAAUCUCGCAUCGAACGAAAUCACGGAAAUUCAAUCGAAAGCGUUUGUUAAUUUAAAAAAAUUGAAUCGCUUGGAUCUAUCGAAUAAUCCAAUUGAAACAUUGACACGCAACACAUUCGCCGUUGACAUUGCAUACUUGAAUCUACAAAAUUGCUCGUUGACACAAAUCAAUGCGGGCACCUUUAAUGGCUUGCAUAAUUUGAUCGAAUUGAAUUUGGAAAAUAAUAAUUUAACGCUCGACAUCGUACAGCAAUUGGAUGUGCCCAGUGUUCGUACGCUACGUUUGUCACACAACAUCUUCACCAGUAUCAUUGAAAAUGUAUUCGAUAAGAUGCCAAAGCUUGAAACGCUUUUCAUGGAAUAUUGUAAUAUUUCGCAUUUACCCGAAAUGAUUUUUCGCCAUACAUUGAAAUUAAGUCGCGUUGAUUUAAGCCACAAUAUGCUGAAAACACUUGAACCAACCACCUUCUAUGGCCUGAUCAAUUUAAAAGAAUUACAUUUCAGGCAAAAUCUAUUUAGUGAAUUACCGUAUAAUGCCUUAACCAACAUAUCCACAUUGGAAACGCUGUCAUUGUCGAACAAUAUUUUAACAACAUUCGAUUUUCUUAAGCUCAACGGUAUGCCGAACUUACGACAUUUGAAUGCGGACGAUAAUGUGAUAUCGUCAAUAAACGGUUUUGGUGCGGUUAAUUUGAGUCGUCUUGUAUCGCUCGAUCUAAGCUCAAAUUAUCUGAUGGACUUGCCGAAAAACUUUUUACAAAAUUCAAAUGCAAUUGAGCGCAUUGAUUUAGCAUCAAAUCAAUUUAAAUACAUGCCAUUCGUUGGAAGUUCGAGUGUCAUCAGCAAUAGCGGCGGUGGUUCCAUGGAGGAUGCAUUAUCACAACUGAAUUGGUUGAAUUUAACAGGUAAUCCGUUCGCCAGUGGUAUUCAUGAUGUUGAAAAUCUGGAAACACCGUCGACAACAACACGUUACAUCAUUCCACAUUUGAAUGAGCUAUACAUUACCCAUACCAAUUUGACGGCGAUCAGUAGUUCGGAUUUCGAUGGCUAUUUUACAUUGCAGCACCUCCAUUUAAUGCAAAAUCGCAUUGAACGCAUCGCAUCAUAUGCAUUCAAAAAAUUGAAUAAUCUUUUAACAUUAGACAUUAGCGUAAACGAAUUGGAGCGUCUGCCGAAGGAGUGUUUGCACGGUUUAGUGCAAUUGAGACGCUUAAAUCUAUCAACGAAUCGUCUUCGUGCAUUGGACGAAUUUACUAUUGAAUUAGCAUAUUUAGAAUCAUUAGAUAUUUCAUACAAUCAAUUGGAGCACAUCGAUAGGAAUACACUUCAGAAUUUGCAUGAGCUACGUGAAUUACGGAUGGCCGGCAAUCAUAUUGCUGCUGUCGUUGUGGACAGUUUUCGAUUUUUGAAUAGUUUAACAUUGUUGGAUUUGAGAGAGAAUCAAUUUCGACAAAUACCAACCGAUGUGCUCAAUUUCCUGGAAACUCAUUUGCAAACAUUGCAAUUAGAACAUAAUCCAUAUAAUUGUUCGUGUGAAUCGCAAUCGCAAUGGGAAUGGAUUAAAGAUCAUCAGAAAAUUAUGCAUUCGACAGAGCGAUUCAUCAAAUGUGAAACACCAUUAUCAUUGCGUGGUCGACCAUUUGCCGCAGUCACUCCCGAAGAAUUUUGCCCGUUAAUCACUGAAGUGACAAUUGAUGACAUUGAACGAUAUUCGGUGGUUGUUUCGUGGCAACAUCGAGAACACACCGGUUUGGUGGGCUUUGAAAUUUUUUAUCAAGCCAUCGAUGGUGGCGUUGACGAUACGGAAUUGUUGCCAAUGCACGUUAACCCAUUCGAACAUUCAGCCAAAUUGAAUGUGCUGUCUUCGGGUACCCUGUACCGUAUCUGUGUGAUUGGAUUAGGAAAUCGUCUAUCGUCAGCGAUGACUAUGUACUAUGUCUCAAAUAUGGUUGCCGAUAAUAAUUUGGUAAAUCAAUUUAGUGAUAAACUUGUGUCGUCGUCAAUGGACAAUCCCUUUGGUGCGUCUGAAUUUGGUGAUGACGAUGAAAAUGUACUGCAUACCAUUGAAAAUAGAACCGACGCAAUCUACAUGGAAUUCCGGCACGGACUAAUGAAAUCGAAAAUUGAUACACCGAUUUCACGGUGCAUUGAAGCAAGAACAUUGGUUGCCGAACCCGUUCAAAUCACCGACGAAAAUCGUUUAACUGAUGGCGGAUUAUUACAUUCGUUACUAACGCGACGUCUCGGUCUUAUCGUCGGCUGUUGUCUUGGUAUCUUUGUAUUUAUUAUCAUUGUAUCGAUAUUGGGAUGGUUGAAAUUGAAAAAACGACGACUUGAAAAUGCAAAACGUCACGAACAACAACUAAACCAAGCCGAACAACUUAAUUAUCAGCAUCUAAAUCAUCCUGAACUGAAUCAGACCCAAUUGCUACCACCACCGCCCGAUUAUAAUAACACAACGUAUCGCCAAUUUACAACGCUGCCGUACACCGAUUGUGAUGUCCGCGAAAAUUGUAAUCAACAUUUAAUGCAUCCAGCGCCGCCAAACUGUAUAUCAGUGAUUGGCACCACCAACAUCGCCUGCUAACAUGCAUAAUACAAUUUACAACACAUUUCGUUCACUUGCUGCGGCGACGAUGACAUCAAAAUUGUUUUGCUGUAGCCAGGCACGUCCUAUCAUUUGAAUCAUCGUCGGCGGACUUUCUAUUGGUUAGAUAAAUGAAAAUUUCGAUUUUUUUUUCUUCUGUUACAUAUUACAAUUACCCGGAUCUGUGCGGUAGACAACAUAUAAACUUUGAUUAUCUGUGAGAAUUGAACAUGUCGAAAAGAAAUAACAAAAUUCUCGUUGUAGAAUUCUAGAUGUAGUUUUCCAUUGAUUUAUGCGAAGACAAAACCAAUUCUCCGUGCGAAUUUCCGAUGGUAACUUUAUAAUCACUUUACAUAAGCAUUCAAUGCAUGAGUUUCACCAUCGAUGUACAAUUUACAUUUACCUUAAGCCUAAACGUGGCCGUGUAAAAGUUUUCAAACUGAAUGAAAAAAAAUAUAUAUGCAAAAAGAGAGAAGACAAAAUAGAUGUUCUGAUAAACAAGUUCAAGAAACAAAACAAUAUUGUUUAAAGAGCUUUUGGAUUUUUUUUUCGCUCCCCUUGUCGUUUGUCGUGUCUAACAAGGAAAAACUUUUUACACGCUUCGAAAGCGAUGAUGGUUAUCAACCGACAAGAUGGGUACAUGUAUUCAAAGCCUCCACAUUGUAAGCGGCGACGUCCGAUCGGGAAAAGUCAACCCCACUGAAACAACUAGCAAAUGAAUUGCGAAGCUGGGCACCACGAUGGUGAUACCAGAUAAAAUCAAAAUUGAUGAUGAUUAGAGCGUCACAGAUGUCAUCCUCAAUGCUGAACACUGUUGAUAUCAAAUAAAGCUACCGUCUGAUAAAAAGUGACAGGUAAAAACAUAUAAUGAUUAUAAUCCGUUUUCAACAUCGUCCGAUUUCUCUUUUACGAAAGGUUCCACCAGACCGGGUACAAAAAAAACAUAUUCAUAAUUUGUCGGCGCUCAGCCGGUUGAUCUAAAAAUCAUCAUUUUCACCACUAGAGUUUUCAUUUAUCAAACCGCACACAAUCGAAUAUCGGAUAUGGGUGCAAAUUACGAAAAUGUAAAAUUUUGUAUGAAAAUUGUACGAUUCGAAAAUGCAAAAAUUUCAUGCGAAAAAAAGCAAAUUCAACGCAUUUGAGGCUUUUGGGUCGUGUGGUUCUCGCACUUGGUACAAUUGGAACGCAGAUGUGCAAGUGGAAAAAUAAUUGAUUAAAAUUGAAUUUUUAAUGUUUACAUCUAUUACGAAAUGUUUACCAAUUGCACCCCCCCAAAAAAUCCAAACAAUACAAUGCUCCACACAGCAAUAGCUAUUAAAUUGCUGAACAAUUUUGCCAAUCAAAUUCAUUCGAGCAAUGAAAAAACACUCAAAAACAAAAACACGAAUGAAACGGCCUCUUUCACACAUGCACACGCUUGCUCUCUCUCUCACACACGCUCUCAUUCAAUGAACAUAAUAAUUUUCGAUUAUGAUGCGAGCAUAUAAACAGUCAUAAAUAAUUGAAAUUAACUUUACUGCAUUUACUUCUAUAAAAACACACAUACACACACACACACAAGAGCUCAGUAUAAACAUAAUUGAGAGCGAGAGGGCAUAGCUAAUGAAUGAAAGCCGUUUUUUAACCAGGUUUUUAACCGAUUGGUUAAUUAAAAACAUUAAUUUACAUGUAAAAUAAUAAUAUUAUUAAUGUAUAGAAUACACAUAUUUAUAAAAUAUUGGGGUUGUGCGAUUAUGUGAGCUCAUUGCGCCCAUUAAAAUGCGGUGAAAUGAGUAAACAAAUACAGUUUCGAAAGUUUUUCAAAAUUGUUGCGUCUAUCACAACAUUAUUGUUGUGACCGGACCACAUUAAUAUUAUUAUUUAGUACUAUUACUCCACAAAACAAACACAAAAAAAAAUGCAUCAAUCAUUUUGUACAAAAAACCUAUAGAUUUCCGGCCCAAUAAAGCGGUUGUUGCACAGAUAAAUAGCAUGCACACAAACGCAAAUAUGCAAAGGAAAUAAACAAACAAUAUGAUGCAAAUCAAAAUAAAAUUGAAGCUAAUUUACCAAAUAAUUUAAAUUAGGCUAAAAUACUUGAACCAAAAAAAUGAUGUACACUAAAAAUUAUUGCGCUAUUAUAGAUAAAAUAUACAUUAUGUAUAAUACAUAUAUGAAUCGAAAGAAUUUUAUUUAACACAUUUUUUUGGAGAUAAGAUACAAACCAUUUAAAAUGGUCAAACAUUCAUAUCGCAUAGUACUUUUUUGCAACACCAUAAAUAUACAUUUGAAAGAGUAAAAAAAAAUUAUCAUAAAUUGAAGUGCCCCCCAGUGGGGAUCGCGCAUAUUCUUCGAACAAUGGAAUUUAAAGAAUUUUUACUUCGAACGUUACGUCGAAGAAAAAGGAAUUGUGUCGAUUCAAGUUAUGAAAUUGACAUUUGAUAUCCGUUAUCAAUCAAACGAUUCGAAUUCAAAGUAUACUCGAAUUGGAAUUUACAUGGAAAAUCAUGCAUUUUCCACAUCGUUUGAGUUUACGCACACACACACACACACAAACUUGUAUUCGUUGUGGUAUGCUGUACAUUGAAUAUUGAACACCCUAACUAAACAUAUAGAGGAACCUAAAUUGCAUUUACACUUUGUGCAUGUAGUGGAAUGAACUUCAAGAAAUGAGAUAAAAACAAUGUUAUAAAACUCAUGAUACAAAAUGUAAAACUUAAUUAUUACCUAACUAAGAGAGAAAAAAACACACACAAAUUCUUCUA